AUGGGACCUGAAGACGUGGACAUCUCUUGGGCGGAGAAAGAAAAAUGUCCGGCGUGUUUUGGAGACACCUGUGAGCUUCUACAUCGGGGUAACUUCGCGACAGUGCGCCCGGAGUCAGGUAGGAGUUGGAGGAAAGGAAUAGUUUCCACAGGGAAGAUCGGCGAUGUUCAGGUGAUCGCUAAAACCAUGAGCAAGCCGGAGGCGUGGCGGAGAUAUGAAAAGUUUAUUUGCAGAUCGUCGCCACGUCCGAAGGAAUGUAACCCUUCAUCUUUCAUACUGGAGACAAUGUUGGUGACCAACGUUGCUCUGAAGCUCCCCUUUUUGCGAGGAGCCUUUAGAAUUGCGCACCCGGACUCUAAGCCAGCCUUGCCGGUUUGUUUGUCUGCUGGGUUUCUGAAAGAAGUGAAAAAGUUGUUUGUCGGAAAAGAAAGUACAGAAAUGACCAACGGGGAUGUCAUCAGGCGUGCGUUCCUCUCUACUUCUCUUCUCAUCAGCGAAGAGGCGGUCUUGCUCCGCUAUUUUACGACUCAGCUGCAGUCUCCGACGCCUUGGCCCUUUCCAAAGUUCUAUGGGGCUUGCGGGAGAGUAAUUGUGGUGGAACACGCAGGGAGGACGCUAGACGCUUUCAUAGACUUCCCCUGGAAAGUUCGAGCCGACAUCGCAGUACAGUUGUUGCAGCUAGUGGAUACGCUUCGCCAAACGGACCCGGACUGGAUUCUGUUUUCCCUGGAUGUGACGUUCCAAAACUUCGCAGUCGACAGCCGAGGUCGGGUUCGGCUGAUCGACUUCGAUGACGUGCUAGUGAUUGACAGGCGAACAGUUGUCAAUCAUCAAGAACAAAAGAAGGUCUGCAACGAGCCAUGCUACCUGGACUUCCAGAAGAAACUAUACUACAGUGACCAGUACCACUGUGAGGACAUUCUCAAGUACACGCCAAUGAUGUAUGCAAACAGUAAAACAUCCAAAUGA